UAAUAAAUCUCUUAGGUCCCUCCAGUUGAUCCAGAAUGCUGCAGCUCGUGUUCUCACUAAAACUAAGAAAAGAGAUCACAUCACUCCUGCACUAGCUGCUCUGCACUGGCUCCCAGUAAAAUCAAGAAUCACUUUUAAAAUUCUUCUCUUAACCUACAAAGCCUUGAUUGGUGAUGCUCCAUCAUAUCUUAAGGAGCUUGUAGUACCAUAUUGCCCCACUAGAGAGCUACGCUCACUAAAUGCGGGACUACUUGUAGUUCCUAGAGUCUUAAAAAGUAGAAUGGGAGCCAGAGCCUUUAGUUAUCAAGCUCCUCUUUUAUGGAACCAGCUUCACCUUCAGUCCGGGAGGCAGACACAGUCACCUCGUUUAAGAGUAGACUGAAGACCUUCCUCUUUGACAGAGCUUAUAGUUAGGGCUGAAUCAGGUUCACCUGGUCCAGCCCCUUGAUAUGCUGCUAUAGGCUUAUAGCUGCCGGGGGACGUUUAGGAUGCACUGAGUACCUAUCUCCUCUUUUUUCUCUCCUUAAGGAUGAAUUUUCAUCUCUCAAUCACACGUUACUAACUCUGCUUUCUCCCCGGAGUCCUUGUGACUUCACGUCUCAUGGGGUCAUCGGACCCUAUGAGACGGCAUAGAUCCUAUCUGCCUGAUGGAUCAUCGAGGUCUGGGUCGUGGAAUUCCUGCUCCUGACUACGCCACUGUCCUGUUGAGACUCCGCCCACUGUUGAGACUCCGCCCACUCCUCCUCCCCACCGCCAUCUGCCUGAUGGAUCGUGGAGGUCUCCAUCGUGGAAUAUGCCUACUAUGAACUAUUCAUACACUCUGUCACAUUCAUUGAAUGUAUUUUAACUCUAAAUCUGUCCUUCUGGUCACAUUACAUCUAUUGUUCUGUCCAUCCUGGAGAGGGAUCCUCCUCUGUUGCUCUCCUGAAGGUUUCUUCCCUUUUUUUCCCCCUGAAGGGUUAUUUGGGAGUUUUUCCUGGUCCGAUGUGAGGUUUUGGGGCAGGGAUGUCUAUGUGUACAGAUUGUAAAGCACUCCGAGACAAAUUUGUAAUUUGUGAAAUUGGGCUAUACAAAUAAACUGAAUUGAAUUGAAUUGAAUGCACAGUUCAUGGACACAUGCAAAAGGCCAAGUUGCAUUGUAUUGUAUUUAGACUAUUUUACCUAAACUACUAACUUUAUUACAUCGUUAAAUCCAGUUGUAAAAUGACGAUAUAGCGCCCUACAUGCUAAAAUGGCAAAUUAACUAUUUUAAGAAGGAUCUGAAUAUUCUAAUUAUUCAUACACACCUAUAAAUACACAUUAAUAAUUAUGGUGAUUAAAAACCCAGCCUGCCUCGAAUAGUUCUUCCACUACUACUUUCUCAGAUUUGUUAUUUAAUAUUAAUGCAUUGUUUCAGUUCAAUUCUGAUGUGGAUAUGCUUCUGUGCUGGAAAUGCAAUAGACAUUAUUAAAAUAAAACUCAUCUUAAAAUAUAAGCAACAACAAUGUAUUACGUUCUUUCUAUUCUAGAUGUCUCAUUCUAAACCCCUUCUCAUGCCGUGGCUGCGGAGACAGAUUGACAGCGGCAAGUAUCCCGGAGUUCUCUGGACAAACCCGGAGCAAACGGAGUUCUCCAUCCCGUGGAAACACGCUUUGAGACAGGACUCCUCCGACACGGACAUCCUCAUCUUUAAAGCCUGGGCCGAGGUGAGUGGUAAUGGCCGCGCUCACGGAGAGCCCUCGGUCUGGAAAAGGAACUUCCGCAGCGCCCUCCGAGCCAAAGGCUUCAAGGUGGUGUCUGACAACAGGAACGACGCCGCUAACCCCCACAAAGUGUACCGCUGGCCGGACGAGUCAUCACCAGCCACGAACUCUUCCGCUGGAUCCCAGGACCAAGAUGACCCCGAUUUCUUUGAGGCGUAUCCCCUUCCUACACAAGAAAGCCAGGACGUCCAAUGUCUCUCUCUUCCAGAGGACACCGUUUUUACAGGAGAAUCCUCUGCCAACCAGGAUAUUCUCCAGGAGUGUCUAAAGGGUCUGAACAUCUGCCCCGUCCAAGAGAGCACCGCAGGCCGCGAGCCUCCUCCCGAGCAACAACGGCUCCAACACCCAGUUGAGAUUGAUGAACACGUGUUGCCACGGCAACAGCAGCAUCCAGUCGUAUUGCCUGAGCAACCAGCACGUCCAAUGGAGGGAGUCGUGGGAGGAGCGAAUGCAGAGCAGUUCCUUCAGACCAUAAACAUGACCGCCGACGGAGAAGGUUUCAAGACUCAAUUCAGGGUGUCGGUGUUCUACAGAGGGGUGAUGGUGUCCAGCCAGCUGGUUGAGAAUGAAGUUGGAGUCCGUUUAGUCUACAGGCCCGACCUCAACGGCCCGGUUUGGGAUCCCGAGUCCGGCCUGUCCCUGGUCUCGCUGCCGAGUCCUGGAGCCAUGCUGGAUAAAACCCAAACCCGCCUGACCCAAUGCAUCCUGGACAAGCUGGGCGGAGGUUUGGAUGUGGGCGUGUCCGGCCACGUGGUCUACGGCCGGCGGCACGAAUCCUCACAGAGCAAAGCGUUCUGGAGCCUCUCCAAGGACGACAGGAGCAAACAGCCGCAGGAGAUUUCUAAAGUGCAGCCUCAAGCUCUGUACCCGUUCAAGGACUUUGUGCGAGGAAUCCUGGGCUUCAUGGAGGGGGGAGAAUGCCCUCCCUGCUCCCUGUUCUUCUGCCUCGGGGAGAAGUGGCCUGACCCCGGCAGCCGGCCUUGGGAGAGGAAACUCAUCACAGUGGAGGUGGUCCUGACUUCGAUGGAGUUGCUGAAGAAGAUGGCGGUGGGCGGCGGCGCCUCCUCCCUGCAGUCGGUGGAGCUGCAGAUGUCCCUCGAAGAGAUGAUGGAGUUGUACUGAGUUCGGCUUUAACAUUUUUUAUUUCUUUACCUUUUUUCUGGCGAUGCUAGAAGUAAUCAUGUAUACAUGUUUUAUAAACAUUUGAUAUCUUGAUUCUAUACCAAAUAUAAUAGGUCAGGUCAUAAAAUGGGUUUUCAUCAUUGCUCUGGUGUUGGAGUUGGUGGGAGUUACCAUGUGUAAGCUAUUUAAUCGACAUUGUUGAGGGAUUUAAUAGGAUCCUUCUUUAUGUUAUUUGUGUUUCCGAGAAAUAAAUCCGUAUUUCUAAGAGCUCUGUCAGUAAACACUCUUUUUUCACUCAUUACACCUUCUGCUUUUGCAAAUAGCUUCUGCUCAAGGUACGAUAUCGAACCCCUCAUCAAAACAGAAAUACUGUUUUUACAGUGGAAUUAAAAUACUAUAACAAUGCAUAAACCAUCCUAAUGAACAGAAAUUUUAUUCAAAACAUUGAACUCAACUCUUAGCCAAUCAAAGUUUAAGAAUCCGUCUACAUGUGUUUGAUCUUGUCUCACAACAUUUAGCCCAAUAUGCCCCUGAGACAAGUGAAUACAACCAUACACCGGAAAGAGAAAUGUAAAUAUGCUGUGCAGAUGUUUAUUUAGAUGAUCAAUAAUCUGAUGUAGCCUCGUCGGUAUUUAUUCAGAAAAGACGCCAGAAAAGUGUUAGGUUUUAGAGCAUGUGUUUUCAAUUUGUAUUGAAGAAUGUACGCCCUAUGAAUUAUUGUUUACUCCUCGGGGUUGUAAUUAUUUGAAGAAGAUUCAUAAUUACAAUCAUAUUAUUGCUGUGUUGUUUAUUCUAUACCGGUCACCCUGAGAGCAAAAGGUUCCAGGGUCACAUCUGGUUAAUAAGCAGACACAGGAACAAGGUUUUGUUUCAGUUCUCCCCUCUGUGUGGUGUGGGUGUGGGUGAGUUAUGACUCACCCACACCCACACCACACAGGACUCAAGGUCAUGAAGCUCAGACUGAUAAGAGACCUCAUCCUGUUUUGUGUAACCACUUGUUUCAAUAAAAGGACUGUCGGGGGAGAAUGGAGCCAGAGUGUUUUGGAGACGUGCGAAGGCACAGCUCAGGCAUUCUCCUUGUGACAAGUAAAACUACGA